AUGCCAGAAUUACCCGAAGUUGAAACUGUUCGUCAAAUAUUAAGAGCCGAGAUAAUUGGAAAAAAAUUUCAAAAAGUAGAAAUUUACAAACCAAAAGACGAAGUAAAUAAACGAGUAAGUUUAGUUAAAAAAAUGAGCGAGGAGGAAUUUGUUAGGAUGACCGGAAAAUAUUUUGUAGAGGAAAAAUUACUUACUCCGGAACAAAAAAAAAUGUUUGAGAAACACAAUAAUGAAAGUGCGAAAGGUUUAACUUUUUAUUUAGCAAACGGGCAAAAGUCAGCAACAUUAACUUAUAGGGAUGCUCGCCGGUUUGGGGGCUUUCGUCUACAAACUUUUGAGGACUAUAAAAAAAUGGAGCCUUACAAAAAUAUUGGAACCGAUUUGUUGGAUGAAAAAGUGGACGCUGAAUCGCUAUUUCAGCAUUAUCAAAAACGUAAAAUUCCCAUUAAAAAUGCUUUAUUAGAACAAAAAAUAAUUAGCGGAAUUGGUAAUAUUUACGCUUCAGAAAUACUUUUUGACACUAAAAUACACCCUCUAAAAAAAACAAAUCAACUUACUGAAUCGGAAUUUGAUUUUGUUAAUCCUUUAAGCAAAGAAGGUUCUUUUCAAAAUAAACUAAAAGUCUAUAAUCGAAAAGGAAAAUCUUGUCAUAACAAUUGUGGAAGUUUAAUUGAAAAAUUGGAAAUUAACCAAGAAAAAACCGCCGAAAAAAAACCAAAAGAACGAA